UUAAAAAUGAGGAUGUGUUUGUAAAGUAGUUUUUUAUUUUAAUUAAAUGAAAGCUAACCAUGGAAAAAUAAAAUGACGAAGAGUGAAAAUGUCUGUUGUUUAAAUACUGUUAGAAAAAUACGGUUAUGGUUGACACCGCGCUAUGCCUAAACUGAUUGAGUUGACUAUAGAAAUUGAAGUUCAAAAGGUGUCAUGCCCCGGGGUGUGGCUAUGCCAGGAUGGUCGCGUGUCUCUCACCAUCUUUGCCUUGGGCACCAGUUACCAGACCUGCUUGCUUCCGCCCUGCUUUCCUCUCGCCUUCAGAGACGUGUUCUACUUCCGUAAAAGAUUUCAGGAGAGUUGCGCACUGAAUAACAUCUGCUGUCUGCUAAAGGAUGAAACGAUAUACUGUGAACUGGUGCAGUGGUGCGAGAACUGUGUGACAGGGAAUUGUAUAAUAUUAGCUCAGUACCUCGGUGCAAUGAACGAUGUACUGUUCCCACCUAACAUGUGUUCAUCAGAUGGAGUAGAUCUCCUCAUGCGGAGAUCUAAGGACUUUCCUGGUAUCCUGUCACCGAAGAUAGAGAUCUCAACGAAAGUCCGUAUAGAUGAAGUAUGGAACUCAGGUUGCAUGUACAAUAUGAGCAAGGCAGACCCAUGUUACUGUGGACCGAAGGACUUGGACGGCCCACGACAGAAACAAGUUUGCCAUUCAGCACAGUACCAUAGAACUUGCCAUAAGAACUUGCGGUCUCGAUCCAGGUCGCGUUCGCGUUCUAUUGGCUCGAGGUCGUGUUGCAGUGUGGAAGCGGACGUCGGCGCCUCUUGCCGCUAUCCCAAUCCCCUGUCCAAAUCCCGCGUGUCGUUGUCGCCGUGCGCCGCGAGCCGGCGCCGCGCGCGUCCCUGUCGCGAGUACAACGUGUAUCCCGUCGACACCGGUGCCAACCACUGGCGCGGCGUUACUCAUGAUGGGUGUGAUUAUGACGAUGAUGAUAAUAUGAGGGGCAACGAUUCGGUUAACAUAAAUUCAUCAACGAAAGAUGAAAGACUGCAAAAGCUUCUACUCGAAAGCCGUUACAUAGACCAAGAUGUUUACAACAAUGAGUGCACGCCGCGAACCAACAAGAAAACCAAACUGACUCCUUGUGUGUGUGAAAUAUGCAGGAAGUAUCAUGAAUUGUUUCAUAAUAAUACUGAGGAAAGCUGACUGCCAUAUUAAGGUUAGUUAGAAUUUUUUAGUAAAAUUGUAAACAAAAUAUUUAUACUUGAACAAAAAAAAUCCGUUAUUUCGAUGUUGUAAUAAAAAUUGUUUUUGUCGGCAAAUAAGAUUUUUUUUCUUGUAAUUUAUAAUGUAAUUUAUUAUAUGAUUUAAAUUAAAUAAAUUAUACAAGGUAAUAAUAAAUCAAUCACAGGUAAUUGUACGGGUACUUAAGUUUUAUUCUAGAAUUCUGAAUGUAAAUUAAUUAAAAUAUGAAUUCAAUUUUUUUUUACAAAUACUAAAAUGUUAGUUUUGUGUUAUGUAAUUAAAUUUU